AUGAGGCUUUUCCUUCUUCUCACUCUCUUUGGAGCGGCAUUCCAAAUGCCGAUAACUUCCCUGGAGGAGGGCAACAAAAUUGUUGGAGGAUAUGAGUGCCCGAAACACUCCGUGCCCUACCAGGUGUCUCUCUUCAAUGGGUACAACCUCUGCGGUGGGACUCUUCUGUCUGAUGAGUGGGUGCUCUCUGCUGCACACUGCAAAACAAAGUCGAAUGUAGAGGUUCGUCUGGGAGAGCACGACAUCUGGGAACCCGAGGGGACUGAGCAGCACAUUAUGUCUGCUGAGUUUAUCCGCCACCCUGACUACAACCCCCGCUCGCAGGACAGUGAUAUCAUGCUUAUCAAACUGAGUCGACCGGCCACUCUGAACAGCUUCGUGCGCCCUGCAACCCUCCCCUCGAAGUGUGCCAGUGACGGAACAAUGUGCCAGAUCUCUGGAUGGGGGAGUCUUCGUCCCAGCGAUGAAGGCUCGAGGUACCCUGAUAAGUUGCAGUGCCUUGAUGCCCCUCUCCUGAGCGAUGACACAUGCUUUAACGCAUAUCCUUUCCAAAUUACUGAAAACAUGAUCUGUGCCGGCUAUCUGAAGGGAGGGAAGGACUCCUGUCAGGGUGACUCCGGGGGUCCCAUGAUGUGUGGCGGCGAGCUCCAGGGAGUUGUGUCUUGGGGACAUGGUUGUGCCCUGAGAAACAAGCCUGGGGUGUACACAAAGGUUUGUAAUUACACCCCCUGGAUCAGGAACACAAUGGCAUCUGGCUGA